AUGGUGCCCUCCCUCGCCGAGGCCACCCUUGCUCCAGCGUCGGUCGUGCCCACGCCAUGCGGGCCUCGCGCCCAGCCGCCCGGCUGCCUCUCGGCCGUUCGCACCGCUGGAGACGCCAUCCGGGGCGCUCAGCACGCCUCUGGACACGGCCUUGACGCCGUCGCUCGCGCUGCAUGCAACCGGAGCCGCAUGCGCGCCUGCAUACGGUGCUCCGCCCCCACCUGCUCCUCCACCGGCGGAAUGGCUUGCGCCGCUGUCGCCGACACCCGCCCUCACCGCAUAUCACGCGGAUCAUGGCUCAACCACCAUUGGAUGCUUCUGGAUCUAACAGCAGCCCUCACCCCCUCACCCAACCGCAGCCCAACCACCCAAACCCUAACCCGCACUCCUCCUCCCUCACCCGCACUCCUCUUCCCUCGGCUCCUCGCCGCCGCCACCUCCUCCCCGUCCCACAGCGGCGCCCACCGCGUCACCUGUCGGCCGCCCUCGCGGGUGGUUGCGUCCGCGGCGAUGACGGCGGCCUCGUCGUCCUCGAAGGCCGUGGUCGGUCGUCUCCCUAUCCGCCUCUCUCCCAACGCUAGACCAGAGAGAUCUGCCUUCCUCCCGAACGACCGCGGUCGGUUCCUCGCCGCCGCCGGCCCGCUGCCCCUCCCCCGUGGCGCACUCACAUCUCAUUUGGGAUCUGGGAUGGCCGCAGGCAUAUCACGCGGAUCAUGGCUCAACCACCAUUGGAUGCUUCUGGAUCUAACAGCAGCCCUCACCCCCUCACCCAACCGCAGCCCAACCACCCAAACCCUAACCCGCACUCCUCCUCCCUCACCCGCACUCCUCUUCCCUCGGCUCCUCGCCGCCGCCACCUCCUCCCCGUCCCACAGCGGCGCCCACCGCGUCACCUGUCGGCCGCCCUCGCGGGUGGUUGCGUCCGCGGCGAUGACGGCGGCCUCGUCGUCCUCGAAGGCCGUGGUCGGUCGUCUCCCUAUCCGCCUCUCUCCCAACGCUAGACCAGAGAGAUCUGCCUUCCUCCCGAACGACCGCGGUCGGUUCCUCGCCGCCGCCGGCCCGCUGCCCCUCCCCCGUGGCGCACUCACAUCUCAUUUGGGAUCUGGGAUGGCCGCAGCCAGAUCUGGGAUGGCCGCAGGCACCUCUCCCUCCUUGCAAAGGCUAUAG